UUAAGUAUCAUGUUGGAUCUCUGUGUCACCAUCAAAGGGGUGUCCUUCCUGUUGCAAACAUUGUUAGGGUUCCUGGGGAACACCCUGGUGCUGCUGGCCUACACCCAGGUCGUCUACUCUGAGUACCGACUCCAGCCUGUGGACAUAAUUCUCUGCCACCUAGCCUUCGUUGACCUGCUGCUGCUCCUCACCCGCUGCGUCCCCCAGACUAUGACUGUGUUUGGCCUGCGUGACCUGCUGAAUGACCCGGGCUGCAAGGUGGUCAUCUACACCUACCGCAUCUCCCGGGCUCUGUCAGUGUGCAUCACCUGUAUGCUCAGUGUGUUCCAGGCAGUGACCAUCGCCCCUGCAGGUGGACCCUGUUUGUCCAAGCUUAAGGCCCGGCUUCCCAGGCUCAUCGUGCCCACCAUCACAGGGCUGUGGCUCUUCAACAUGGCUGUAUGCUUGGCAGCUCCACUCUUCUCUAUUGCCCCUCGCAACGGCACGGUGCCUGCCUUCACCCUCAACCUGGGCUUCUGCCAUGUGGACUUCAGGGACAGGCUGUCCUACAAGAUCAAUGGAGUGGUUGUCUCUACACGGGACUUUGUCUUUGUGGGGCUCAUGUUGUGGUCCAGUGGCUACAUCCUUCUCCUCCUCCACCGUCACAGCCGCCAGGUGAGAAGCAUCCGACGAUCAUCCCAGGGUGGAGGAGCUGAGACUAGGGCUGCCAAGACAGUGAUCACCCUGGUGGUGUUGUAUGUUGUAUUCUUCGGCAUAGACAAUAUCAUCUGGAUUUACAUGCUGACGGUAGAUAAGGUGUCUCCAGUGGUAGCUGACAUGAAGAUCUUCUUCUCCUCCUGUUAUGCCUGUCUCAGCCCCUUUUUCAUCAUCAGCUCCAAUAAGAAGGUCAAGAGUAAGUUGGUGUGCGUGGCAGCUGACCAAGAGCAGCCAUCAGUCGACACCCAGGACUCCAAUGACAAGAUGUAAAAUGCUACCAAAAUUCUGGGUAGAUUUAUUUUCUUUUUCUGGGGCUAUUAAUACCUCAUGGAGGGUUUUGCUGUGAUUAAUUUGUGUGAUUAUGCCUAUGUACCCUACUUGUUAUAGGCAUUUUAUUUAUUUGUGUAAAUAAAUUAUUGACAGUUUUCAGGAUUUUAGAUUGAACUAGUCUGACCUGAGGUUUGAAACUAUAUUAUCAUUCAUUAUAUUGGACAAGCAGGAGCUGUGAAGAUAGACGGCAAAUACAGUAGCAUACAAUACAACAAUGUCGUCCAGCUAUACUUAAAAAAAAAAUAGCUAUAUGAAAUGCAAUGGAAAUGAAUCAAAUCAAAUCGAAUUUUAUUUGUCACAUACACAUGGUUAGCAGAUGUUAGUGCGAGUGUAGCGAAAUGCUUGUGCUUCUAGUUCCGACAAUGCAGUAAUAACCAACAAGUAAUCUAGCUAACAAUUCCAAAACUACUACCUUAUAGACACAAGUGUAAGGGGAUAAAGAAUAUGUACAUAAGAUAUAUGAAUGAGUGAUGGUACAGAGCGGCAUAGGCAAGAUACAGUAGAUGGUAUUGAGUGCAGUAUAUACAUAUGAGAUGAGUAUGUAAACAAAGUGGCAUAGUUAAAGUGGCUAGUGAUACAUGUAUUACAUAAGGAUGCAGUAGAUGAUAUAGAGUACAGUAUAUACGUAUACAUGUGAGAUGAAUAAUGUAGGGUAUGUAAACAUUAUAUUACAUCAUAUUUACAAAAAAAUAAAAAAUAAAUAUUUUCUA